GGGAAGGGAUGGCGGUUCUGGGCCAUCUUCCCGGCCCUGUGCAUCACAACCCUCCUCGCCGCCGUCGAGGUCACCGUCGUGUCGACCGCCCUGCCGUUCAUCGUGCACGAGCUCGGCAUCGGGGACUCGUACGUCUGGAUCCUGAACGCCUAUCUUUUGACUAGCUGCGCGUUCAUGCCCAUCCUCGGCCAAAUGGCCGACAUCUGGGGGCGGCGGUACCUCAUGAUCCUGGUGGUGGCGUUGUUCGCGCUGGGGGCCGGCAUCGCGGGCGGAGCCAGCAACCUGCCCAUGAUCGUGGCCGGGCGGGCCAUCCAGGGCAUCGGCGGCGGUGGCGUCAAUUUCACCGUGCAGCUGGUCGUGUGCGACCUGGUGCCGCUGCGCGAGCGCGGCAACUACAUGGCCAUCCUCUUCCUCUUCUUCACCGUCGGCACGGCCAUGGGGCCCUUCGUCGGCGGCGCCAUCGUCGAGCGCUCCAGCUGGCGCUGGGUCUUCUGGAUCAACCUGCCCAUCGCCGGCGCCGCCCUGGUGCUGCACCUCUUCUUCCUGCGCGUCAAGCACGACCGGCGCGGCUCGCUGGGCGAGAAGCUGCGCCGCAUCGACUGGGCCGGCAACCUCCUGCUGAUCACCUCGGUCGUGUCGGUGCAGAUCGCGCUCUCGUGGGGCGGCACGCGCUACGCCUGGGCCAGCGCCCCGGUGCUGGUGCCGCUAGUGCUGGGCCUCGCCGGGCUGGCGCUGUUUCACCUGUACGAGACGGCGCCCUGGGUGGAGAUGCCGACGCUGCCCGAGCGGCUCUUCCGGCGGCGCACGCCGGCGGCCGCGCUGGUGAUCGCCUUCCUCGACGCCAUGCUGCUCUACUGGGCCAGCUACUUCCUGCCGGUCUACUUCCAGGCCGUCCAGGGCGCCUCGCCCAUCGCCAGCGGCGUCGACUUUUUGCCGACGUCGGUCAUCAGCGUCCUCACCGGCGUCGUGUGCGGCGCCGUGCUGACCAGGACGGGCCGGUACCGGCCGCUGCACUUCGUGGCGUUCGCGCUCAUGAGCCUCGGACUGGGCAUGUUCAGCCGGCUCGGCGGCGCCACGUCGUCGUCGUCCUCCCGGGCCGAGUACAUCGGCGUGCAGGUGCCCUUCGCGCUCGGCGUCGGCUGCCUCAUCGCGUCGAACCUGCCCGCCGUGCAGGCCGACCUGCCGGACCGCGACGCGGCCGUGUCGGCGGCCGCCUUCAACUUCAUGCGCGGCUACGGCGGCAUCUGGGGCGCCGCCGUGCCCGCCGCCGUCUUCAACGCCCGCUGCGACGCCGAGGCCUGGCGCGUCGCCGACCCGGCCGUGCGCGCGCGCCUCGCUGCCGGCCGCGCCUAUGGCUUCGUCACCACCGCCGCGACGACGGCGGCGGCGCUGGGUGGUGGUGGUGGUGGUAGUGCUGCUGGUGAUGGCGGGCUGGCGUCGUCGAGCGAUGAGGCGGUGCGCGCUCAGGUGGUCGACGUGUUCACGCGCGCGCUGAGCAUGACGUGGAAGGUCGGCCUCGCCUUCUCGCUGCUGGGGUUCCUGCUGGUGUUUGUCGAGAAGGAGAUCGUGCUGAGGAGCACGCUCGAGACGGAGUACGGCUUGAAGGAGAAGGCCGAGGGG